UUUCAUUUCUUCCCACCGAAGGCAAGUGGCUGCAGAAAGGGGUGACUUUCCCCCCCCGAAAUGGAGUAAGAUCGCAUCCCAGGUCCACGCCUGGAGUAGCAGCUUUAGCUUUUAACUUUGUUUUGGACCUGUGAACAAUCCAGCAUGUAUAGAAACCGGGUCGCGUGCACACAGGAGCUAAAAAUGCUAGCUAGCUCUAGUUUGCUAACAAGUUGCCUGUAUCUAUUAGCACUCGUUUCAUAACUAAAACAUUUAUUUCUCGAGUUAUUAGCAAGCAUGUUCAAAUUCGGAGCAAAACAAACCAACGUUAGUAAGAUUGUGCUUAUUAAAUAUCCUAAUUUGUAAACAUUUAGGCUAGAGACAGAGAGCUAGCCCGCUAACGUUAGCUUAGGAAUGGCAACCAUGAUGCCGUACUGUAGUUACUAAGCAAGUAAUAGCUUACUUUAACCAGAAAGUGGAUAUGGACGCUGCAGAUUUACUACGACGGAUCGUUUAAAUUUGCAAAAGUUUGGACAUCCUACCUGAGUGUGCUAUUCUCCAGUUUAAAUGGUGUCAAUGGUCUCCUCCUCCUCCAUGUGUUUGGAGUGCUCUCCUGUUGCGCGCCCUCUAGCGAGCAAAGCGCGAAUAAACAACGCCUGCGUCCUGUUGGGCUUCAGGGCAUCAGGAGUGACCUCACAUGACUUUGGGACAUUACUGGGAGGAAAUCUCAAGAUCCUCAAGAAUAUUAUUCUCCAGGAUGGUGCGGAAUUCACAAAGGUGUGGACCAAAUCCUCCAAAUCGGUCAUCUCGUAUGAAAGUGGAAGGAUAUAUUUUGAGAAUUACAGAUGUUCCUACACCAGCCUAACGCCUCAGCCACAGCUCUUGUAUGAGAUGCCAAAGCGAUCUAAAGCUGAGAAGAUUGAGGAUUCCUUAUUAUGCCAGUGCCCAGUUGAUAAAGUGCUCCCAUGGGCCUUGGAGCAGAAACCCAGCCUUCUAGCCCUAACAGCUAAUAACUGGUUGUAUCAUCUGUCAGCUGACACAGGACAAACACUACACAAAGUCUACCUCUCCUCUCAUUUCAAGUUCAGAUCCCUGGGAUGGGAUGUCUCUCAGGAAACAUUUUAUGUCAAAUCCAUUCAGCAUAAACAGACACCACUAGCACGACAGGCUGGUGUUGAGAACAACGUCCUCAUGCAUUUAGCCAUAUUUAAAGUUUUUCCUCUUGAUGUUAUUGGACUUCUGGAGAUCAACAAAAAAGUCUUUGGUAAAUCUGUGGUUGAUGUUCUGCUGUCUCAAGGAGUGUUGGCUGUGUCACACAGCUCAAAAUGUGUAAAGCUUUACAGCUUUGAAUACAUUGUGAAAAAGUUCAGGACCAAGAAGCUGGUACUGGGACAGGAGUGUGAUUUCUAUGGUGCUAGGGGAAUAGUGGGAGAUGCUCCCUACGGUAUUCCAGUCAACAUUCACCUCAAGGAGUGUCCUCCUGCGCUGUUCGAGAUGUCGUACUUGGAUAAUGGGAUCCAGAUCGGAGGCCACCCAUGGCACUACAUCUACACACCAAAUCAUAAGAGACAUAGAGGAACACACCACAUCUGCUCCAUCAGUGAUGGUGCCCUGGCAAAGAAUGGUGUGCAGGAUAUGAAGUGCGACUCGCUGGAGGCAGACUGGAUCUUCUUCCACCCAGAUGACUCGGGCAGGAUCAUUCAUGCUGGACCCAGUACCAUAAAUGUUAUGAAAAUCAAAGCAGAAAAAGAAUUCAGUUCAAAGUAUGAGGUGGUCUGUGACUUCUCUAUUAUAGCAUCUCGAGAAAACAGUGCCUCCUCCCAAGUGACCGUGACCACCUCUGGUCGAACAGUGAAGAAAAGAAUUCAGCAGCUGGAAGAUGAUCCUGAGCAGGAGACAUUUAAGAUGGUUAAAUAUGAAGACGAGCUGGAUCUGCUGGCCAUUGUGGAAGUCAGUCAUACAGAAGAUGAGGGACGAGCAAGUGUACACCUCCACCACAAUAAAAGUGGAGCAUUGCUGAAAAAAAUUGCCCUUCAGGAGCCAUGGGAUGUGACCUACAGUCAUGAAGUCUACUUCGACAGGGACACAAUAAUUCACAUUGAACAAGAGAGGAACAACAGCUACUGUUGCCAUGUUUAUAAGAUAAAACGAAGGACAAACUGAAUGCACAACUUGUAGAUAUUCAAGUGACUAGCUCAAAAUAUUUACUAUAAUUUGCUUUUUUUUUAAACUCUCUCUCAGAUUUUCUACAGACCCAGUUUGUUGAAUAAAA